AUGGGGAUGUACGCGAGGUUCGGAGAUCCCUUUUCUGCCUUACAGGUGUUCGAAGGAACGCCUAUGAGAAAUUCCGCCUCGUGGAAUGCCGCCGUCUCCUGCUGCGUCCGCUCCGGUCUGUUCUCAGAGGCAGCGGGGCUGUUCAGAGAGAUGCAGUCUCGUGGGCUCAAGGCCAACGGCUUUGUGGUAGCGGCUAUCUUGUCUGCAUGUAGCCAGUCGGCGGAGAUGGCCGGUCGAGGUGCCCAGAUUCAUGGCCUCAUCUGUAAGACUGGGCUGAUGAGGGAUGUCUUCGUGGGGACUGCUCUUCUGCACCUGUACGGCAGCUGCGGGCUCGUCGCCGACGUAGAGAGGCUGUUCCCCGAGAUCCCGGAGAAGAACGUCGUCUCUUGGACCGCCUUCAUUGCUGCUCUCUCAAAGAAUGGGCACCCAGAGAGAGCCAUGAGGGCCUUUCAGCUGAUGCGGGGGGGGGGAACAGUCGCCAAUGAGAAUUCCUUCGCGACUGCGGUAAGCGUAUGUUCCGUUCUCGAGGAUGAGGGCCUGGGCCUGGAGGUUCUUGCCCAGGUCGUCGUCUCCGGAUGUGAAGCGAGCGUCUCUGUCGGAAACUCUCUCAUUACCCUGUUUGGCCGGCUGGGGAAGACGGAGAAUGCCGAGUUCAUCUUCUGGAGGAUGAGGAAACGGGACAAGAUCACCUGGAAUUCAAUCAUAUCCGUGUUCUCCCACGAUGGGUUCUGCGAAGAAGCUCUGGGGCUGUUCCGAAGGAUGAGAAGAUCUGCUGAUGUGAGGGCUGAUUCCACCACUCUCUGCAGUCUGAUUUCGUCUUGCCAGUCCGCCAUCUGCCUGAAAUGGGGGAGAGCACUCCACGCUCUUGUUUUCAAAGACGGGCUCGGUAUGUUUGUCCCCGUUGCUAACACCCUAGUCAACAUGUAUUCCAUGUGCGGAAGCCAUGAAGACUCGGAACUUCUGUUCGACGAUAUGCCCGAGAGAGACCUGAUCUCCUGGAACUGCAUGAUGGCCUCUCAUCUUACCUCUGGGAAGGAUGGAGACGUUCUGAACCUUCUCUCCCGCAUGAUCCAAGCAAGAAUAGAAGUAAACCAUGUGACUCUUGCGAGCGCCCUGUCUGCCUGUUCAUGCCCUGAAGCACUCAGAAAUGGGCGAGCCGUCCACGCCCUUGUGACCCAAGCCGGCCUCCAAGAGAACCUGCUGGUGGGCAAUGCACUGGUUACCAUGUAUGGCAAGUGUGAGUCCAUGGCGGAAGCUCGACGAGUCUUCACAGCUCUGCCCGACCCAGAUGUGAUAUCGUGGAAUGCCCUCCUGGGCGGCCUCGCGGAGAACAAGCAAACCCAGGAGGCGAUGGAGCUCUUCAAUGCCAUGAGACGAGCCGGCGCCAAAGUGAACCACAUCACCAUGACCAACGCUCUCGGAGCUUUCUCCUCCUCCCGUGAUCUGGCCCUGUUCGGGGUGCCACUGCACGGGCUCAUUAUCUCCGCCGGCUUUGAGUCGGACAACUCCGUGAGGAACUCCGUCCUCACUGUAUACUCCAAGGGCGGCGAUCUCCGUUCGAGCAGCCUCAUCUUCGACGGGUUGGAGCCGCCCAAAACCUUAGUCUCCUGGAACGUGAUGAUCUUCGCGAGGGCCCAUCAUGGGCUAGGCGAGGACGCCCUGAAGCUCUUCAUGGAGGUCCUGCGUGGCGGACUUGCAGCCGACCAGUUCACUCUCUCCGGCGGCCUCGCGGCCUGCUCGAGCUUAGCAUUAUUGCAGGAAGGACAGCAGCUCCACGGCCUGAUCGUCAAGCUCGGGUUCGACUCCAUCCUUCAUGUGGCCAACGCCACCAUAGACAUGUACGGGAAGUGCGGCAAGAUGGACGACGCCUUGAAGCUGCUCGGCGCCGCCGACCGACGCUGCCGGCAGACCUGGAACAUCCUGUUAUCUUCCUACGCCCGCCAUGGCCGAUUCCACGAAGCGAGAGCCGCCUUCAGAGACAUGCUCGAGUCGGGCCAGAGGCCCGACCAGGUGACCUUCGUGUCUCUCCUCUCUGCAUGCAGCCAUGGCGGGCUGGUGGAGGAGGGGCUCUCCUACUUCUCCUCCAUGGCGUCGCAGUUCGGCGUGCCUCAGGGAAUCGAGCAUUGCGUCUGCGUCGUCGACCUCCUCGGCCGUGCGGGAAGACUCGAAGAGGCGGAGCGCUUCGUGGAGGAGAUGCCCGUGGCGCCGAACGACCUCAUAUGGCGGAGCUUGCUGUCUUCUUCGAGGAUCUUCGGCGAGCUCGGCGUGGGGAGGAGGGCGGCGCAGAGGCUGCUGGAGAGGGAUCCGAUGGACGACUCCGCCUACGUUCUUCUCUCCAAUGUGUAUGCUUCGAGCGGCAGCUGGGGAGAUGCAGAGAAGGUGAGAGCCCACAUGGAGUCGAUCAGGCUGAGGAAGAAGCCGGCUUGCAGCUGGAUCAGGGUGAAGAACUCGGUCAACGUCUUCGGGAUCGACGACCGGGCCCACCCGCAAGGGGACAAGAUCCGGGCCAAACUGGAGGAGAUUCUGGCCACGGUCAAGGACGCGGGGUACGUGGCCGACACCCGGUUCGUCUUCCACGACACGGACGAGGAGCAGAAGGAGCACAGCCUGUGGGUCCACAGCGAGAAGCUCGCCCUGGCUUUCGGGCUGUUGACCAUGCCUCAGGGGUCAACCAUAACGGUGUUCAAGAAUCUUCGGGUCUGCGGGGACUGCCACUUGGUGUUCAAGCUGGUCAGCGGCGCGCUCGGCAGGGAGAUCGUCCUGAGAGAUUCUUACAGGUUCCACCAUUUUGCUGGGGGGACGUGCUCGUGUUCGGAUUAUUGGUGA